GUCCGAAUCACCGUUGAAAGCAUUUUGGCUACUAAUAUCAACACAUAUGUACAGUAUUUGAUUACAGUAUUUGUCCUACUGUUUUCGACAACCAAGUUGCUCAAAACAAUACGGAUGUAGUUUUAAAAUCAUUUGGAAGGAAAAAUGGCGAAAGAAAAUCGGACUGAUUGGUCAGAUAUUUUGAAAAGGAGGUUAGCAAACUCAAACAGAGAUGAAAGAAGUGAAGAGGAAAAGAAAUGUGAAGAAAUGCAGCUGUUUAGCAAAUAUUAUUCCGAAUGGAAGGGCGGAAGUGACAAAAACAAAUCUUACAAGAACAUUCCUCGAUUCUACUUUAGGCUACCAGCGGAGGAAGAAGUUUUACUCCAGAAACUGAGAGAAGAAUCUCGAGCGGUCUUCCUCCAGAGGAAGAGCAGAGAGCUGUUGGAUCAUGAGGAACUCCAGAAUCUGUGGUUUCUGCUUGAGAAGCAACAGGUGCCUCCAGUGAAUAGUGAAGAGGCCAUGAUCAGCUACGAAGCCUACCUGCAGGUGGGCGACAUGGCCGGGCCCAAGUGCAACAAAUUCUUCACAGCGAGAGUAUAUGCCAAGCUGCUCCACAGCGACCCGUACGGCAGGAUCUCUAUCAUGCAGUUCUUCAAUUACGUCAUGAGGAAAGUGUGGCUGCAUCAGACCCGGAUUGGCCUGAGUCUCUAUGAUGUGGCAGGACAGGGCUACCUCAGAGAAUCUGAUCUGGAGAACUAUAUAUUGGAGUUGAUCCCAACACUACCUCAGUUGGAUGGACUGGAGAAGUCUUUUUACUCUUUUUAUGUCUGCACUGCUGUUCGCAAGUUUUUCUUUUUCCUUGACCCGCUACGUACUGGAAAGAUUAAAAUCCAGGACAUCUUGGCUUGCAGUUUUCUGGAUGAUUUAUUAGAGUUAAGAGAUGAGGAAUUGUCUAAAGAGAGUCAGGAGUCCAACUGGUUCUCAGCACCUUCAGCUCUCAGAGUCUAUGGCCAGUACCUCAACCUGGAUAAGGACCACAACGGCAUGUUGAGCAAGGAGGAGCUGUCACGCUAUGGCACAGCCACCCUCACCUCAGUCUUCCUUGAACGAGUGUUUCAGGAGUGCCUCACUUAUGACGGAGAAAUGGAUUAUAAGACUUAUUUAGACUUUGUGUUGGCCUUGGAAAACAAGAAAGAGCCAGCAGCACUGCAGUAUAUUUUUAAGCUUUUAGACAUGGACAAUCAAGGAUACCUCAAUGUCUUCUCCCUCAACUAUUUCUUCAGGGCCAUCCAGGAUAAGAUGAAAGUGCACUGUCAAGUGCCUGUCUCCUUCCAAGAUGUUAAGGAUGAGAUCUUUGACAUGGUGAAGCCUAAAGACCCCUAUAAGAUCACGCUCCAGGACUUGGUGAACAGUUGCCAGGGUGACACGGUUACCAGCAUCCUGAUUGACCUCAAUGGCUUCUGGACAUAUGAGAACAGAGAGGCACCUGUUGCCAAUGACAGCGACAGCACCAGCACAGCUAAUAAUGACGACUCCUAAACAAGGUGAUCAUUGCAUUAGAUGUUUGCACUCCUCACCACACAAUAUGUCUCUGAUCAAGAUUUGUGUAUAUCUUGACCUGUAUUCCUCAUUUUCCCUGUAUCAAAGUACACGCACUUUCUGAAUUUUCCUAAAUAAAAGUCUCUCCUGACAAUACUGCAGCUUUAUUACUUGCAUAAGCCAGUACAAAAAAAGGUCACUCUCCAAAUGUUUCAUUUCACAGUAUUUUUACUUCCAAGUACAACCCCAAUUCCAAUGAAGUUGGGACGUUGUGUUAACAUAAAUAAAAACAGAAUACAGUGAUUUGCAAAUAAUAUUCAACCUAUAUUUAAUUGAAUACACUACAAAGACAGUUAGAUGUGAAUUAACGCCUUUGCUCAAAAUGAUCAAUCCAAAAGGUCCAUAUUUCUCGUUUAUAAGGGCUACUUUACUAAAUUAGUAAAACAUUUAAUUGAUUAUCAAUAAAGGAUCAGCAUAGAAAUUAUCUUCAGUUGAGGACCUGGAGCACUAGCUUUAAUAUACAACAGUAUAUUAAAGCUAUUGCCCUUCCCUUCUCAAAAUCUAAUAUUUUUGCAGUCUCCCCACUUUAAUGUUUAAGAUCAUCAAACAAAUGUAAAUAUCAGACAAAUAUAACCCAAGUGAACUUCAAAUGUUGUUUUUAAAUGGUGAUUAAGGAAAUAAAACUUCGACGUCACCUG